GCUGACGAAUAGGUUAGCUAGGAGGUAUUGACUACUAACGGAAUGCUCCGUUAGCGCGCCACCACCCAAGUUUUGUAGGAAAGUGCCUGUCAGCGGUGCCGAGUUGCCUCGGAACCCGCGGAUCGCGUUUCUGUAUUUUCACGCAGCUGUUUCGUGAGACUCGGGAUAUUUAAGGAUUGAUGUCAUGCGUUUAUAGGUUAUGAUCAUACGAAACUGAACUCUCCUGUCUAUAUUCCUGGCAAAGCACGUUCUGCAAAUAUGUUCACUUGGUUCCGCAAGAGCACAAAUGUCACCCAGGAGCCGGUCUGGGAUGCGUCAACACUGACCAUGCACCAACCCUCCCAGUCCGAGGAUAUGGACUCUUCGAAUAUUGUCACAGAGCAACCUAAGCCCCAAGCUAUGCAGAUGCAACUCCGAGGUGGGGAGGGCGAUGAUGAUUAUGUGCGGCGCUGA